AUGUCUGACGAAAGUAUCGAGGGUACCGAUCAAGAAAUGUACAGUAGAGAUGAACCAUAUGAUGUAAAUGAAUCUGAAUCUGCAACCCCAAGUGUAAAUCCGGUAGGUAACCAACCAUCGAAUACUGGGAGGGAUAAUACAAAAGUAUUUAGAAUGAGUGCUGAAGCUCUUCAAAAAGCGGUAGGAAGUAUGCCUGCUAUUACUUCUACCCCUGCUACCCGAAGAGCCCCUAUUAAGGAACUGCGAAAGUAUAGAGCUCCAGAAUUUUUGGGAUCAAAGGGAACUUAUUCAAUAACAGCUGAAAAUUGGUUAGAGACUACCAAGAAAACUUUAAAGCAAUUAGAAUGCACACCCCAGGAAAGUUUGAAAAAGUAUUUGGGAGAGACAUAUAUGGAAGACCGAAAACAGGAGUUUUUGAUGCUUAAACAGAGAGAUCUGUCCGUAGUGGAUUAUGAACGGGAAUUUCUAAGACUGAGCAGAUAUGCAACUAAAUUUGUACCGAUUGAAGCUGACAGAUGCAAGCGAUUUCUAAAAGGACUACGAGAUGAAUUUCAACUGCAAUUGAUGCCUCUACGGAUUACAGAGUUUGUAGAUCUAGUAGAAAGAGCUAAAAUGAUUGAGCAAGUACUGGGGAAGAGUAAAAAGUCUAAAACUGUCCAUUCAACUGAAAAACGUCCUGGAAAUACUAGUUCAAAUCAGCAAUUCAAACGAUCGAGGGAAUCUCGUGGUGGUGGAAGAUUUAGUUUAAGAUCAGAAAGAGGAGACAGAAGUCGAAAGAGACAACUACUACAUAGAAAAGAAUGUAAAAGAUUAACUGGGGGUUGCUUCCGAUGUGGAUCCACUGAUCAUUUUGUUAAGGAUUGCCCGAAGAUUGGUAAGGUAGCACCAAUGGUAUCACAAAGAUCUAAAUCUGCUUCUAGAGGUCGAGGAUCUGGCCAAAGUGGUCCAGUUGCUAAAGGAGGUACUAGAAGAACUAAUGAAAAUGCUACCCAACAAUCUGAAGUAAGAGCUCCGGCCCGAGAAUAUGUUGUAAGAACUCGAGACGAGGGGGAUGCUCAUGAUGUAGUGACAGAUGGAAAACAGAUUGAAGUAAAUGGUAUAAGGACUAGUGGUUCAGCUCGAAUCAUUUCUGCAGUUAAAGCUAGUAAGCUUCUUUACCAAAGACGUGCUGCUCUCUUAGCCUAUGUUAUCAACUCCGAUUCAGCUGAGAGUCAGUGCAGUAAAAUUCGGACUGUAUGUGAAUUUCCUGAUGUGUUUCCUAAAAAAUUGCCUGGAUUACCUCUUGAUCGUGAAGUUGAAUUUGCGAUUGAAGUAUACUCGGGUACAGAUCCAGUGUCAAUACCUCUAUAUCGAAUGUCACCUACUGAGUUGAAAGAGUUGAAGCUGAAGGUUAAGGAGAGUGAUGUAUCGAAUGCAGCAUUCCGUACACGAAAAGCUGCAACUGAGUUGAGAGCAAUGUUUCCACAACUCAGUAUUGUUGAUGAUGGAAGUAUUUUGGCUGAAUUGAGAGUAAAACCAAUAAUGUUUGAUCAAAUCAGAACAGCACAGUUAAAAGAUCAAAAGUUAAUGAAGAAGAGGGAGACGAUACAGAAUGGUACAACAGAUAAUUUUAACAUUGAUGAGCAUGAUUGUUUGAGAUAUCAGAAUCGACUUUGUAUUCCAAAUGCUUCAGAGUUGAAAGAGUUAAUACUUCGAGAAGCACAUGACAGUUCUUUUACAUUACAUCCCGGAGGAACAAAGAUCUAUCGUGAUUUAUGGGAACUGUAUUGGUGGCCAGAUUGCAUCACGAUGGACUUUGUAACCGGGUUACCAUUGUCAACAAGUAAGAAAAAUGCUAUUUGGGUGAUUGUUGAUCAGCUUACAAUGUCAACUCAUUUUAUAGCAGUCAGAACAGAUUGGUCACUUCAAAGGUUGGCAGAAACUUAUAUCCGAGAAAUUGUAAGGUUACAUGGUAUUCUUGUAUCGGUAAUUUCUGACCGGGAUCCACGAUUUACAUCGAGGUUCUAG